AUGGCACCCUCCGAACCAGAGAGCCGCACCUCGACACCUCGGUCCUUCCAGGGCCAGGGUGUGUCCGCCGAGGACAUGCUCAAGUCACAAACAGUCGGCCUCGUCCACCUCUCCGACUUUCGAAAGCGGCGCGCCGAAGUGUUGGAGCAGAAGGAGCGCGAGGCGCAUGACAAGUCGCUAGGCCUAGUGGGAUCUGGUAACUCCCGAAGCGCAACGCCAUCCGCCGGUGAGGUGACAGACGGGUCGACGACACCGCGGAGUGAGGGGCCUCCGAAGAAAAAGAAAAAGAAGCCGUUGGCGAAAAGCAAGCUUUCGUUUGGCGAUGACGAAACCGGGGAAGAAGAGUCCGGGGCGGGCACUCCUCGUGAGACGAGCGUCUCGCGGUCUGCGUCCAAGACCCCCGUCGACGAUGGGUCUGUGUUGCGGCGCAUGAAAGCCAACCCGAAUGCGCCGCCGCCCCCCAAAGCCCUGACCAAGGCUGCUAUCGAGGCCGAGGCACAGGCGCGCGAGUCCCUGCGCAAGGAGUUUUUGGCGAUGCAGGAGGCUGUGAAGAAUACGGAGAUGUUGAUCCCGUUUGUCUUUCACGAUGGCACGAAUGUCCCCGCAGGAACGGUCAAGGUGAAGAAGGGGGACCAUGUCUGGUUAUUUUUGGACCGGUGUCGCAAAGUUGGCGCGGAAUUGGGCGUUCGAGGUGCUAAUAACGCUUCCAAGGCCCGCCAGGAUACCCGGCGGGAAUGGGCCCGGGUCAGUGUGGAUGAUUUAAUGCUGGUGAAAGGGGAUGUCAUUAUUCCACAUCACUACGAAUUCUACUAUUUCAUCGCCAAUCGGAUACCCAACUACUCUCGCACCGGCGGCUUGCUGUUUGACUAUUCAGACAAGCCUCCCCCAGUCAGUGCUAGUGAUAACAACCCCUUAUAUCGGCCCAGUGACGACCAACUAGAAGGGGCAGAUAAAGAUGCCACGCAGACCAAGGUGGUGGACCGGCGGUGGUAUGAGAAGAACAAGCAUAUAUACCCAGCGAGUCUGUGGCAUGAGUACGAGCCUGGCAAAGAGUUCGAGGAAAAGAUGACCUCGACGAGGCGCGACGCGCUGGGGAACACGUUCUUCUUUGAUUGA